AUGGACAACCGGGGUGGACUGGGUGGAAAAGGUGGCGGCGCUCCACCCGGUUGUGUGGCAGGACUGGACGGUACUGAUGCUGUAGCGGGAGUUCCUGGUCCUCCUGCCAAUGGUUCAGAAGGACCGGGUAGUGUUGGAUCAGCUGGCGUUGCCGGUAUUGCCGGCUCAGCUGGCCAGUCGGGUGGACCCAGACAACUGGGUUCGGAUGGACAACCGGGUACCAAUGGAACAGAUGGCGGACCGGGUGGUUACGGUUGUCCCGGAGGAUCGGGCGGUGCCGGUGGUGUAGGCGGUGCUGGAGGAGCUGGCGGUGCUGGUGGACCGGGUGGAUCGCAACCGGGUGGUCAGGGUGGAUUGGGUGGCCGGGGAGGACUGGGCGGAAAAGGUGGCAACGGUGCACCCGGUUGUGUUCGGGGAUCGGACGGUAUCGAUGGUAUAGCGGGAGUUCCCGGUCCUCCAGGAGCUCCAGGAACGGCUUAA